AUGCUGACGACCAAGCUCCUCUGGUCGCUCCUCGCGGCCAUGGCGGUCGUGGCCGACCCCGCCCCGGGCACGUUUGAGCUCAUUGCCGACCAGGGCAUCUCUCAGCUCAUCAUGUUCCUCGGCUCUCAGAACAAGCUCUACACCAUGGACAGGAGUAACAACAACCCGCUCAAGGUGAACGGCAAGGCCAUCUGGGCCGCCGAGUUUGACCUCGGUAACCGCCAAACCCGCCCCAUGACACUCGCCAAGAACCCUUUCUGUGCCGGAGGCUCGUCGCUCGGAGACGGACGCUUCCUUGUUGUCGGCGGCCAGAGCCCCGAGACUGGUUCAGCAGAGGGCCGCAAGGCCAUCCGUCUGCUUGACCCCCGUAUCGGCACACCAUACUGGGACGAGUCGAGCCCGCCCCUCACAACCAACAGAUGGUACGUGACCGUCGAGACCCUCACCGACGGCUCGGCGAUCAUCAUCGGAGGUUCUACUGCGCUGGUUUACGUCAACUCGUGGGCGUACGACAACCCGACGUACGAGUUCUACCCGUCGCGCGGCGCUCCUAAGAAGAUGCAGCUUCUCGCCGACACGACGACACUCAACCUGUACGCGCUCACCUGGCUCCUGCCCAGCGGCAAGCUCUUCAUCCAGUCUGGCAACACGGCAUCCCUGUUCGACCCCAACGCGGGAGUUGAGACGCGCGGAUUCAGCAACGUGCCAUUCUCGGUCCGCGUGUACCCCGGCUCGGGUGCAUCGGCCUCUCUUCCUCAGACCCCAGACAACAACUGGGAUCUGAGGGUCUUCAUCUGUGGCGGGACGAACUCGAACUGGAGCUUGGGGCAGGCUGUCACCAAGCUCAAGUCUGACAACUCGUGUAUCUCCAUCUCGCCCGACAAGGGUGAGAAGUCGUGGACGACCGAGGACUCGAUGGACCAAGGACGCGUUAUGGGAGAGUUUGUCAGUCUCCCCGACGGACGUCUCUUCCUCGUCAACGGCGCCCUCUCGGGCACCGCCGGCUACUCUUUUAGUGGGUGGCCGGUCGGUGAGUCGCUCGCCGACCCUCCCGCCUUCGAGGCCAAGUACUAUGACCCUUCCAAGCCCCAGGGCCAGAGGUGGUCUUCGGCCGGCUCGUCGACCAUCCCCCGCAUGUACCACUCUAGCGCCACGCUCCUCCCCGACGGCAGUGUCGCUAUCGCUGGCUCCAACCCCAACGGAUCGUACCAGUCCAAGGCGAACCGCAAGUACUUCUCCGACAGCCGCAUCGAGUACUUCUACCCCGACUACUUUGGCAAGCCGCGCCCCAAGCCGACUGGCCUCCCCACGCAGCUCAAGUACGGCGGCAACUGGUUCAACGUCGCCCUCACUGCUGCCGACCUCAACGGCGCCCAGCCCCAGUCGGUCAAGGCCGUUGUUAUCCGUGGUGGUUUCGCCACGCACGGCAUUCACAUGGGUCAGCGCCACGUUCAGCUCAAGACUAGCUACACUGCCACUCCCGACGGCGCCCUCACCCUUCACGUCUCGCAGAUCCCCCCCAACCCUGCCAUCAUCGCCCCCGGCCCAGCUCUUCUCUUCAUUGUGGUCAACGGCGUGCCUUCGCAGGGCCAGUACAUUACUGUUGGCGACGGUGUGAUCGGCACGCAGAGCAUCGCUCCUGUUCAGGACCUCCCCGUCGCUGGAUCAGGAUCUGUCGUGCCCAUCGCUAACGGUACCCUCCCCACGACUCCCAUUCCCCCGCCCGUGACCAACGCUAGCAACCCCGUGCCCAGCAAUGUCGCCUCGGCUUCGAUUGGUAGCGUCAUUGCCCCCGUUUCCUCGGCUUCUCCUGUCCUGUCGAGCCCCCCGGCGUCCGUUCCUCCUGCAGUGUCGAGCGUGCCUCCCGUGGUGUCGAGCGUGGUGCCUCCCCCGUCGAGCGCGGCUCCGCCCCCUGUUUCCACGACCCCCAAGCCCCAGACCACGACUGCCGCCCCUCCCCCUCCCCCUCCUACGACUACCUCGAAGGCGCCUGCACCAACGACUACCACAAAGGCGCCGGUCCCCCCUCCGCCCACGACCACCAAGGCUGCCCCAUGGUCCCCUCCGCCUUGGGUGUGGCCCACUGCCUGGAUCCCCGGAGCCAACGGCUUCGGAGCAGCUGGUUACAAGCGAGCAAUGAAUGCCGGUCAAUGA